AUGUCUUCAUCAAUAAUUACAUCUACAAAUUCACUGAAAAAUGCUGAACCUAUUCAAGUUCCAAACACAACACGACGUCGAUCUUUUUUAGAGUAUGGUGGCUCCAAUUCUUUAUCUAAUUUUGCAAGUUCUUAUACCAGAGCUCUGAAAUAUGCAGGGCUGGUCUUAAUGGAAGAUGAAGAUAAUGGAGAAAAUAGUGGGAUUAUAAAUUACGAUAAUUUAUCUCCUUGUAUGUCACCAGAUGAAGAAUUGAUAAUAGAUAAUAGUAUGAAUAGAAGCAGUGCUGAUGAAACAACUACAUUAAUUUCACAUCAUCGUAAAUCCUCAAGCUUUUUGAUAACUGGUAAUUCGACAGUGCCACAAACAAUUUUCAAUACGAUUAAUACUUUGAUGGGUAUUGGAAUGUUAUCUUUACCUUUUGCAUUUAAAUUAUCAGGAUGGUUAUUUGGUAGUAUUAUAUUGUUGGUUUCUUCAUUAUCAACAAACAUAACAGCAAAAUAUUUGGGUAGAAUAUUAUUUAAAAAUCAAAAUCUUUUAACCUAUAGUGAUAUUUCAUAUUGUUAUGGUGGUAAAUAUUUUCAAUUAUUAGUUACUUUAUUUUUCAUUAGUGAUUUAUUUGGUGCUUCGUUAUCAUUAAUUAUAUUAUUUUCCGACUCAUUUAGUAUUUUAUACCACAACAAGACCCAUCUAAAAUUCAUCAUCACUACAGUACUAUGUUGCUGUAGUUUUUUCCCAAUGAGCACCUUGUCCCUUUUAAGUAUUUGGGGAAUUUUAUCCACAAUAGGAAUUGUCAUUUUAAUUUUUAUUUGUGGCAUAAAUGGAGUUAAAUCACCUGGAUCAUUACUUAAUCCAGCAAGUACAAAUCUAUAUCCUUCGAGUUUCAAAAAUUUAUUAUUUUCAAUGGGAUUGUACUUAGUAAUUUAUGGAGGUGCUCCAGUUUUUCCAGAAUUGUAUAGAGAUAUGAGACAUCCCAAAAAAUUUUCAAAUUGUGCAAACAUAUCAUUUUCGAUUGUUACUUUAUUGAAUUUUUUAAUUGGUGCUUCUGGAUAUUUAAUGUUUGGUAACGAUAUUGAUGAUUCAAUAAUAAUGAAUUUAAUGAAUAAUAAAAGUUAUCCAACGUGGGUAAGUAAUACAUUGUUUAUUUUGAUGGGAGUGAUUUCAAUUUCGAAAUUACCCUUGGUUGUUAGACCUAUAAUUACAACAUAUGAAUCAAUAAUGAAAAUAAAAAGGAAUAAUGUAUUGAAGGUGAUUACAAGAGUAUUGUUUUGUAUUCUAUUGUUGAUUAUUUCGUUACUUUUUAAUUCAUUUGGUAAAUUAAUGUCAUUUAUGGGAAGUGCUAUUUGUUAUACUGUUUGUUUAACAUUACCUUUAUUGUUUUAUUUGAAAUUGAAUAGGAAUGAAAUUAAAAAAUGGAAGGGAUUAUUGAUUAAAGUUGGUAUUGUUAUAUCUAUAGUUGGUACAAUAUUGGGUACUUAUGCAUCAAUUACAUUAAAAAUAACAAAGUAA